GAGGUCGCGCGUCGGAAGCUUCAUAUAUCCGAUUUGAAAAUCUUACGAUACCACAGGCAAGGGUGGCUGCAGUUCCACCGUUCGCCACUAUGAACCAAAUGAAUGUCGGGAUGAACCCCGGGGCUGGGGGCCCUGUGGGCGGAGUUCCUAUGAUCAACAACGGAUCCACGGCUUCUCGAAACGACGGCACUAUGAACAACCCCGACAUCAUGAUCAACAACCUCAACACGUAUAUCUAUGAUUACUUUUUGAAGCGUGGGUACCAUGACUGCGCCCGUGCCCUCUUGCAAGAUGAAAACAUCAAACUCAACACCGACAACAACCCCAAGACGAGUCCCGGAAAUCGGCGUGACGGCGACGUCAAUGGUAUGGACCCUGAUGCUAUGAUGACCGAUGGGAAGGAUGGUGAGAAAAUCAAGAUCCCAGAUGAUCUCCCUCGUCCAAAUAUUCCCAACGAAAGCCCCUCGUCAUUCCUGCUCGACUGGUUCAGCCUUUUCUGGGAAUUCUUCUGGGCUCAACGCAAGAAGGGAAAUAGCAAUGAUAUUAGGCAGUACCUUCAGCACAACCAGAACUUCAUGCGUCUGCGAGAACAGCAACACAAUCAAUUUAUGAGGCAGCAACCCAUGAUGCCCGGCCAGAUGAACCAGCUCCGGAGACAGAAUGGCAUGGUGCCUCCUAACCUGCAGAAAACAGUGCUGCAGAAUAACACCACUGGACUCUCGCAACAACAACAACAAAUGGCGCAGUACCAGAAGACCCAGCACUUGCAAAUGAUGCAGCAAAUGAACCGGGAUCCGGACAUGGAGAUGGGUGGACAUCGACCGCAGUCACCAGCGUCGGCCGACAACGCUCCCUCGCCGUCGAAACGCCCACGCCUUGAAGGCGCUGUUAACGGACAGCAGCUGGCACCGAACGGCCGUGGACAGGGACAAGGAAUGCCUGGACAGCCCAACCCGCAGGCUAUAAUGAUGCAGAAUGGAAUGCAGAGGGGAAUGACUCCGGCGCAAUUCCAGCAGUUCCAGGGACAAGCUGCGCAACAGAAAUCUAUGCAGGUAUAUGCUCAAAACUUGGCCCUUCAUCACUCUCGCUCAGCAUCGAAUUCCCAGGGUAUCCCGAAUGGUGGCAUGAUGAAUCCCGGUGUUAUGGCCAAUCAGGCGGAUCUGGUGCCGAUGCCGGAUGGCCAAGGAAUGUAUCCUAUGGCCGGUGGCCCUGAGUACUACGGUGCGAACGGUCAACUCGCCCAGGUCCGACCCGGUAGUUUACAAACACCUGGCAGUCAGCAUGGUAACCAUGCUCUUCAAGAUUAUCAGAUGCAGCUUAUGCUGCUUGAACAGCAGAAUAAGCGGCGCUUGAUGAUGGCUCGUCAAGAGCAGGAUAGCAUGGCCCGUGCUGACGGCCAGCCCCCAAUGCCCGGCCAGGGAGUUUUGCCGCCAGGCACUUCCCCGGGCAGCAGGGCGGGCGCGUCUCCCAAUCCUAGCGACCAAAUGAAACGAGGCACGCCUAAGAUGCCUCCCACUGGACUUCCCGGGUCGCCAAGUGCCGGCGAUAUGUCUCAGCGUGGAUCACCCGGAUCCAUGAACCUCAACGGUGCUCCGAUACCCCCAGAGAUGGCGGGUCAGUUCUUCCCUGGACCGAAUAUGCGACCUCCUAGCUCUAACCCUGCCUUCACUGGAGCUCAAAUGGGCCAGCCGAUUCCGGCCAAUGCCGGCCAGCGUAUGCCUAGUGGACAAUGGCAGCCAGGACAACCGCAGAUGCCUCCGCAGCAUUCGCCUGCGAACCAGCCCCAGGCUGGAACCCCGCAGGAACGAAGCGCGAUGCCUCCGCCCUCGGCGCCACCUGUCACGGGUCCUAACGCUGGUCGUGGCCAGCCGGCAUCACCUCAGACGGCUGGCAAUGCGCCACCAACGCCCCAGCAGGCUACCAAGGCUGCACCAAAGGGCAAGAAGGAUACCAAGGAUACCCGCAAGCGACCCAACAAGAAGCAAGCUGCCGCUGCUGCUGCCAGUGCGGCCGCAGGCGCGACUCCAUCCACCGAAGCCGCAGAGCCGCCGACCCCAUCGACCCCCGUCACGCCGCAGCAUCCUAACUCUUUCAAUCCCAAGAAUGGAGCGAAUGGAGCGAACGGGCCAGCUCAGCCGACACAGCCUACCUCGGCACCUGCUCCUCAGACUAUGGUGCAGCCGCCUCCUGACCAACAGCAAUCCUUCACUGACCUCAGCAUUCCUGAUGCUUCCGCAUUCAACCUUGACUUCAGCGCACUGGAAAACCCAGACAUUCUGGAGAACUUUGACUUUGACACAUUCCUCAACACGGAUGCCGACGCCACUGGAUUCGGGUUUGAUCCCAGCAUAUCCUAUUCGGCCGAUGGUGUUGAGACAGGUGCUGGUGACGGCCUGUGAACGUGUAAAAGUCUUAACGGUCCUUCAGGUGCUUCACCUCCGAUAUACCCUUGUUUGUACAUUUGAUCAUUGCUCUAGUGCGUUUUCGCGGAUACUCGACCUGUUCUGUUUUCUUCUUGUCUCCCAGUCAUCUGGAUAUGUGUGUUCUGCGCAUGUGCUGUCGUGAGAUUGGCGUUGGUGUAUUUUGUUCAUCGCAUCCUCUCCUAUCCCUUCCCCUUGCUCGUCCUUGGAAGCCAGCAUCCUUCGACUGAUACCAGGGACUGCUUGGACUGACCGGGGCUCUUCUGUAUUCGAGAUUAGUGGACUGUGACCUACGAGUUUUCUUGGCUUCUCUCCCUUUCUUUCUAUUAUUACUAUUAUUACUUGUGGAUGUGGUUACUUAAUUCCUUGCUUUGCCUUGUCUGUACGGGCAACGUUGAUACCUCUCAGUAUGAAGCCCAGUUCCCUACGGCUGAUCCAGUGCACUUUCAUCCUUUCAUUUCCAACGGUUUCCUUUUUUUUUUGUCACCCAUCUACUUCUCUCUUUUGAUCCAUCUCGAACAAUCUUCCAACAAAUGCCGGACGUUUUUUUUUCUUUUCUGUUUGUCUUUUGUUACCAGUAUCACUGGCAGUGGACUCUUCCACCUCUCUAUUUCUAUCACCCGGGCUAUAUAGCCUGUCGUUUUCUUCUCAGACCUCUUCUCUUUUUCUUCUCUACACUUUGCCUGUAUUCUCGGAUCAGACCCGGAUACCCCCUGACCAGCCUGUGUCAUCACUGAGACCCGGACACAGGAGUGACCAGAGGGGAAAUGGGACUGGUACAAAAAGGAACCAACUCAAAAGAACCAGGAAUCUCGCGACUCUACUUGUUGUGGCUGUUGGUGUUGGUGUCUUGAUGGGAUGUGACCGGAUUGAUAUUGGAUUUGGAUAUUCCCCAGCUAGCAGAUUCCAGGAGUUUCGAUGUCGUUAUGGUUAUGCGUUUCAUGUUAUUUUCUGGUCUCAAAAUAUGGAUCCGAAUUCAUAUAUGGACAGUUUUCUCCAUGCAGA